UCUGGCAGAGACAGGUAACAGCACACAGAACCAAAACAUAUUCAACUAUAAAUAGAUUUCGAAGAAUCUUGAUGCUACCUUUUUUUCUUAUACUAUCCAAAAAUUUCCCAUAACCAAAUCGGCAAAUCCGUAGAGCAAUCACAUGACCGCACAGUUUCCUAUAUUAUCUUCUCUGCCUCUCUCUCUCCAUGAAGUGAAUUGAUUUUUCUUUUCCUUUUGUUCUGUUUUUUAAUACUGGUCAAUAAUAAUAAAUUCGAAAAAGAAUGACGUAUUUACACGCAAAAAAUAAUAAAAUUAGUGUCAUGUAACACGUAUUAAUAUUUAAUACUGUACAAUGAUGCAAGUUUCUCGUUAAGCUCACACAAACUUUCUCAUUCACCGUUGUUUUUUCUUUUCCUUUCUUAUUCUUAUUCCCGUUUCUUUGGGACAAUCUCUAUUGAAUCAAUUCUAAACAAAGGCUUUGUUGACUCAAAUUCGAUUUUGGGAUCGAAAGUUUCUUCCUUUUGACCCUACAGGUACGAAAGUUUGUUCAUUGCUCGUUUCGAAAUCUCUCUUCUCUUCGACUCUUCCUCAAUUUCUUCAAUCCGAAAGUUCGAAUCGUUGAAGGAAAAAAAAAGAUUUUGUCUCUUUUGCAAACAAUUGGUUGAUGACGUCAUCGGUUACUGUCGGAAUGGAAGAAGAAGAAGAUCCAUCGACAAAACCACUUGGAAGAUUGUCUGUGUUCUAUUAUGGAGUUGGACAUAUGCUUAAUGACAUUACUGCUUCUUGUUGGUUCACUUACCUCCUCUUGUUUUUAACCCAAAUCGGUCUCUCCCCAAGGGAUGCUGCAAUUGUCAUGCUCUCUGGUCAAGUUGCUGAUGGUUUUGCUACUAUCUUCAUUGGUGAAUUGAUUGAUAGAUUUGGGCAUUUCAAAAUUUGGCAUGCUGCAGGAUCUCUAUUAGUUGCUAUCUCAUUUUCCUCUGUUUUUGGCGGUUGUUUCCCUUGUUCACUCCUCCAUAGUAACUCUUCAACUGUCGAAACAUUAUCGUAUUGCAUGUUUGCAGCUAUCUUCAACGUAGGAUGGGCUGCUACUCAGGUUUCUCACAUGGCUAUGGUUAAUUGCAUUACAUUGAAUUCAACAAGCAGAGUAGCACUAACAAGCUCCCGUAAUGCGUUUAGCAUGGUUGCUAACUUAGGGUUAUACGCGAUUGCUUUAGUUGUAUUUGGUGUUAGCAAGGCCGUGACAAAGGAAAAUACCGAAACUCAGUAUCGUUGGAUUGCUUAUUCAUCCAUCACCGUUGGCUGCUGCUUUGUGGUCAUAUUUCUUAUGGGGACAAAGGAACCAAGGAUGAAGAUAAAUUUAAGAGAGACUAGCCGAUCAAGAAUACCAUGGUCUUAUUGGUUCCGUAAAAUUCUAUACUAUCAAGUUGCUAUGGUUUAUCUCCUCACUCGACUAGUAUUGAAUGUUUCACAGGCAUAUCUUGCUUUCUUUGUUAUUGAUGAUUUGCAAAUGGCUCAAUCUGCUAAAGCUCUGAUUCCCGCAAUAAUCUACAUCUGCAGCUUCGUUGUAUCGGUUAUGCUUCAGGAGAUUCCUUGGAAUGGAAAACGCCUCAAGGCAUAUUAUUGUGCGGGUGGUAUUAUUUGGAUAUUCUGCGGUAUAUCAAUCCUCUUAUUGCCCAGAAGCAUUAACUCUUACAUGUAUGCGAUCUCUGUCUUUAUCGGCAUCGCAAAUGCAUUAAUGCUGGUGACAGCAAUUAGUAUGCAGAGUGUGUUGAUUGGUUCAGAACUCGGUGGAUGUGCUUUUGUUUGUGGGUCAUUAAGCUUCUUAGACAAAAUGUCAUGUGGGCUUGCCUUAUAUGUUCUUCAGUCACAUCAAGGCACUUCACCAAAGGUCGAUGUAAACAUCAAAGAAUAUUUUUACUUCUCGGUGACAAGAUAUGGGUUAGGACUUGUUCCAGCUGUUUGCUCGCUUGUUGGAGUUGUUGUAACAUAUUUUAUGGAACUCGAUAGCACAAUUCUAAAGCCUUUGUGUCAACCGCUACUACUAGAAUGAAAAGAAGGAAGAUACGCAACGCUUCUGGUCUGGUAAACACAUAUAGCUCAAAACUUGGUUACUGUUUGACAGUAAUAUGUUUCAGUCUGCUAGUUUUGGUCAUAAGUAUAGGUUUAUAUCACACUGCGACAGGCAAAACAUUUGUACAAGAAUUACUUCAAGUCACUAAAAAUUAAUGCAAGUUGAUUUUUUUCUUCAUGUUAUCUGUCCUUUAAUCGCUUUC